AUGUAUAACCAUAGAGAGUUUGCAGCAGGACGGCUUAUAGGUGCUCGAGGAAAAGAAAAAGGAGACGAAUUGUGGAAGGCACUAACAAGGGAAUUGAACUCCUUAGGGAUUGAGAAAACACAAAUUCAGUGGCAGAAAGCUUGGAAGGAUAUAAAAACUCGAGUCAGACCCAAAGCUGUAAGCCUUAAAAAUGCCCCCAUCAAAACUGGCAAUUUUCCUAUGGAUGAUAAUACACUAUCGAAAGAAGAUUUGAUGAUCCUCGGAUUGAUAGGACCUGCAGCAACAGAAGGGUGCAGGGUCUCUGAUUCGAUGCCUGAAGAGAUCUCUGCAAUUACACAACUGCGGGAAGCAGACGAGUCGGUAUUAAAUGAGAUAUCUACUCAUAUAUCAGUAGUCGAAGAGUACAACAUAGUUUCGACAAACACCAUAAUUGGAAGCCAACGUGUUUUAUUCGUAGAAUCAGACACGGCAAUAGGACAAGAGGAGGAACACACCAUACAAGAAUCUGAUGAAUCAAAGCACCUUUCAGAACCCAAAACAUUUGUAGAAGUUGUCUGCGGUGAAGAUGGCAUAGGCAUAGCAUCAUCAUCGCACACACUGUCACAUCCAUCAUUGCAGCAGACAACCCCAAACAUAAAAACAGCCACACACACAUGUCAGAGCCUUGCGCAAGAAAUAAAAGAGAGAGAAGAUGAUGUCUUCAAGACAGUUGUUGAAAUGCAAGAAAAGCAGAACGAAAUACUUGAGAGAAUGUCACAGGCGAUGCUAAUUUCUGCAAACAACGAAGCCAAACGACUGGAGCUGGAGAAUGAUAAGCUAGAAGUAAAGAGGCAGAUAUGCCAAGCUCUGAACUCAAUAGCGGUGGCGAUGACAGGAUUUCAUUAA